AUGGCUUCAAAAGAGCUAGUUCCGGCUUGGGUUUCAGGCCUUCAAAAUGCUAAAUGUUUCCGAAUAAAGUAUUGGUCUAUCAAGGUAAAUCUGAAAAUCUUGAAAUCAAAUUAUUUUCUUUUUUUUAGAUUGAAGGUCCAGCCAUUUUUGUUGAAGGUUUUGAAGUGUCUGACCCAUCGACACUUAACAGAGUUCAAUCUGAUCGCAUUAUAUUAAGGUUCGUCUCUUAAAAAAACGGAAAAAAAGGGAUUAUAUUUUUUUAGAAUCAACGCCACAGCGUUGUUGGAUUCUCAUGGCCGAGUUUACGAUUUGAUUGGAAAUAUUGACCGAAGUUGUCCAGAUAAAAGAAGUUUUGAAAAUAAUAAAUAAUAUGAUAAUAUUUGAUUUUUCAGAAAAUACGCCGGCAGCUUUACUCGAGAAAUUUCUGGAGGGAUUUCCGGAAGAUUGGCAGGAGAUUAUUAAUUGUUAUAAUCGGUUGAAAAAGUGGGGAUUGUAG